AUGCCGGAAAACUCUAUCCUCCGUAACCCCCCGGCGCCGCCGUCUCCGACUCAGGCCGGCAUCGUGCCCAACUGCGAAGUAUGGGUUCAGGUCAACAAGGGCGACUUCUGCCGCCAGAUCGGCUUGAACAUCAACAUGCCGUACACCAACUUUUGCAACAUGAACAAGGCCGUCCUUGGUUUCGAUUGCAACAACUGCGACCAGGGGCUCUGGGCCGGGUUCUGGUACUGCAUGGGCCUCUCGGGCUCGUCGUCCGCCACUAGCCAGGUCAUUACCAUCAAGCCUACCUACCCGGCGUCGCCCCUGGGUUCCAAGACCGAGAGCGCCGUUACGACAAAGCCCACCGGCGGCUCUUCCCCCAGCGUCACCGCCGUCACCACCUCUCAAGCUUCGUCGGCAACCUCUCAGCCUACCUCCAAGCCCACCUCCCUCGUCACGUCGCCAUCACCGGCUGGUUCCACAUCCAAAACCCCAUCGCCCGCCUCCUCGCCCGCUUCUUCGUCCAGCGCUGCUGCGCCGGCCCCCAACAACGGCGGCAUCGUUGCGCCGGGGGGCUCUUCCUACGUGGGCUGCGUGUCCGAGAUCAACGGCGGGCGCACGCUCAACGCCUGGAGCACGGCGCGGGCCGACAUGUCGAUCGACCUGUGCCUCUCGCUGUGCAGCAAGCAGGGCCUGCCGUUCGCCGGGGUCGAGUACGGCAACGAGUGCUUCUGCGGCACGCAGCUGGCGCCCGCGGCGCGCGUCGACCCGGGGGCGGGGUUCUGCGACAUGAGGUGCGGCGGCAACAAGGCGCAGGUGUGCGGCGGGCGGUCGCUGCUCAGCGUCUUCAAGAACGCGAGCAUGGCGGGGCCGGCGAUCCCGCCCAAGGCCGGCGACGGCGGCGCCUUCGCCUUCGCCGGCUGCUACGAGGAGUCGUCGCCGCGCGCGCUGCCGGCCGCCGUGACCAACGACGGCGGCAUGACGGUCGACGCGUGCGCGCGCUUCUGCGACCGGCAGGGCUUCGCCUUCGCCGGGCUCGAGUACGGCCGCGAGUGCUGGUGCGCCAAGGCCAUCACGCCCGCCGCCCGCAAGACGGACGACGGCCGCUGCGACAUGCAGUGCGCCGGCGCCGCCGGGUCCCAGUACUGCGGCGGCAGCGGCGCCAUCCAGAUCUACUCCAAGGCCGGGGCCAAGAAGAGGAGCCCCGGGCCGGACCAUGUUACCAGGGUCGGCGGGGACGGGCGGCCGACGGUCGUCAAGACCGUGCGGAUGGUGAGACGGGGCCGGUUUGGGCGGAGGGAGAAGUAUGGGUUCUAG